AUGAGAACGCGCAGCGGCGGCGCGGCUUUGAAGGGAGGCCGAGACCUCGCGGAGCUCACCGCCGAAAUUUGUGCAGAAAGAACGCGGAGAGUGGGCGCUUUUCCCCAUUGGGUCAGCUUGUGGAUACACAUCACAGAGCUAGCAGCUUCAAGCCAUCCUCUCGGAGCAGCUCAGGCGCUGAUCGGACGGCGCACUGAACGCACAGCUCCAGCGAGCAGCUCCACACACACGUCUGUCUCACAGAGUCAUACACACUGCUGCAGGAUGGAUACACUUUACGACCAGAGAGUGCCUUUCAUUCAUGCUCAUGGAAAUGCAUGCAGCAACAGACUGGCAAAAGACAUGAAAAGGAAAUUCAUUAACUCUGACCUGGCUUUGGACACCGAGGAGCUUUUUCAAGAUCUCAGCCAACUCCAGGAGACCUGGCUGGCAGAAGCUCAAGUUCCGGACAACGAUGAGCAGUUUGUUCCUGACUUCCAGGGUGAUAACUUGGCAUUCCACGGGCUGCAGUUGAGGAUAAAGCGUGAACCUCACAGCCCGUGUGCUAAUCUGGGAUCAGCCUGCAGUCAGGAGAGACCCUUCAAGCUCCACUAUGGAGAGAAAUGCAUGUACAACAUCAGUGCCUACGAGCAUAAGCAUGCAGCAGGAAUGAAGGGAUCCAGUCCUGCGACUACGCCCUGCAGCACACCUGUAUCCCCACAUCAACACCAUGUGUCUCCCAGUGCUGGCCUCACCCCCAAACCAGACAGAACAUACCCUCACCUCAACGGCCCACAGCCCCUCCCCAACACCACAUACAACAUUGACCAAAGGUUCCGGCGUCAGCUGUCAGAGCCGUGUCAUUCAUUUCCUUCUCCGGCCCCGGCACCGAUGGGGCGAGACGGGCGUCCCCUGUACCAUAGACAAAUGUCUGAACCUAGCAUUCCCUUCCAGUCCCAAGGGUUUAAGCAGGAAUACUCAGAUCCGCUGUUUGAGCAUCCACUUAUGGUGGGAGCCCCCUUGCCUCAGUCUUACCCUCCUUCUAUGAUGAUAAAGCAAGAGCCGCGAGAUUUCACCUAUGACUCAGAAGUGCCUAGCUGCCAUUCGGUUUACCUGCGACAAGAGGGUUAUUUGGCUCAUGCAAAUAGAACUGAAGGUUGCAUGUUUGAUAAAGGCACCAGGCAUUUCUAUGAUGACACAUGUGUAGUACCAGAAAAGGCUGAAGGGGACAUUAAACAGGAGGCAGGGCUUUACCGUGAGGGUCCCACAUAUCAGAGGCGUGGCUCACUGCAGCUCUGGCAGUUCCUGGUGGCCCUGCUGGACGACCCCUCUAACUCCCACUUCAUCGCGUGGACUGGCCGAGGAAUGGAGUUCAAACUCAUCGAACCUGAGGAGGUGGCACGACGCUGGGGGAUCCAAAAGAACCGGCCUGCCAUGAACUACGACAAACUCAGCCGCUCGUUACGCUACUACUACGAGAAAGGGAUCAUGCAGAAGGUGGCAGGUGAGAGAUAUGUGUAUAAGUUUGUGUGCGACCCCGAGGCCUUGUUCUCCAUGGCCUUCCCCGACAAUCAGCGGCCUGUGCUGAAGACUGAUAUGGAGAGGCAGAUCAAUGAAGAGGAGACGGUGCCACUGUCACAUUACGAUGAAAGCGUGGCAUACGUUCAGGAGGGAGCCUACUGCAACCCGCACCCUUACAGCGAAGGCUACGUUUACUGAUCGUCGAGCACAGACUCUGCUAUGUCGGUCUCACCUCGUAAAAUUCGUAAGAAUUCACAACUAGUACAAACAGUUCUGAACGUUUCAGUGGUGGAGAGGUUAUCACUCGUAGCUUUUCUGGCAACUCCAUUUAAAUGAAAUCCAACAAAAGAGAAUUGCUCAGUUCUUAGAAUUCUUAUGAAUUUUGUGUGAGAUCGGGACUUCUCCGGAUUCCUCUUUCUGUCGUCUCCGUCGUUCCCCGGGACAAAGAGUGCACUUUAUGGACAGAGAUGGGCAGAGAGUAAAAACCUACUGUCCAAGUAACGGUAGUCGCUCCUUUGAUGUUUGUUUCUUUUUUUUUCUUUUCAAAUAAAUGGAGGAAUUUGAGCAUGCCAGAUUCACACAGGGCGAACUCUGGAGAAAUUGGCUGUUUCUGGAAAUAUGUGUUCAUCUAUUUAGACUGGUUUCUAGUCUGGAGAACGUGGGCGAAUAAAUCUCAACCUCUUUACUAAGAUCUCUUUAAAUCAUUUGUGGAGUGCUCAUUUAUUUUCAUUACCCAUCUACUUGGUGUCCUGCUGAGUAGCAGCUAAUAAUUCAGUGUAUUUGUAUCAGACUAAAGCCUAUCGGACUCUCCACCGUGAAACGAAAGAAGCACACAUUUGAGAUGAUUCACAAUUCAACGGGUGAGAAAGCUCUCUUAAAAUACACGUACCUGUUAUUAAGAAAUACGUGAUGAAGUACUACAAUGGAGGACCUACAAUUGUCUGUGUCAUUUGUUUCUUUUUGGUGAUCAAGUCCAUCCUGAACAUGGAGAAAAUAGAGAAAUAAACAUUCCUGAUAACUGAUUUUUUAAGAUUUAAAACCUGUUUUGAUGCUACGCUUUUGUCAUUUCAUUUCUUUCAUUUCUAAGAAUUUAAAAACCAUUUUUUAAAUGUUAUUUUACAGGGCAUGCCAAUCAAUCCAUUCCAAUCCAUUAUUUUAAAGAAACUUGUUUCAUAAUUUUACACAUUCCCAGGCCAUAUGUAUAUCGUAAUUAUUAUUAUGUAAAUUUACAGCUUUCCUAUAGAAAGUUUUUUAAAGGAUUCAUAGUCAAAGGUUGGAGAUCUAUGUUUCAUUUCCCGACAUGUCCAUAAUCUCUGAACAUGUGAACAUGUAUAUUCAGGUUACAACACAGCGAUGCUGCUUUUCCAUGUGAUUGGAUACAUGUAGUUGUUAAAUACCAGAUGGCAGCUAUGCCCUGCAGUACGCUCAUUCAUGUUUGUGUCUUUUUUUACAGCAGAAAAAAAAAAUAAGUCAGUGUUUAUUGAAUGUAAAAAUAUAUUCAGCAUUAA